AUGGCACUGCCCCCCAGCCCCCUGGCCAUGGAGUAUGUCAAUGACUUUGACUUGAUGAAGUUUGAGGUAAAGCGGGAGGCCCCUGAGAGGCAAUCUGGACUCUUCAUGGCCUCACUAGGCUCCACACCUUACAGCUCAGUGCCUCCUUCUCCCACCUUCAGUGAGCCAGGGGUGGUGGGGACCACCGAGGGCCCCCGGCCAGGCCUGGAGGAGCUGUACUUGUUGGCCACCCUGCAGCAGCAUCUGGGGACUGGGGAGACACUGGGGCUGAGUCCUGAGGAGGCUGUGGAACUGCUGCAGGGUCAGGGUCCAGUCCCUGCUGAGGGGGCCCAAGGCUACUACCCAGGGAUCCCAGAGGAGACAGCAGCCGAAUGUGACCAGCUGCUGGAGUGGUUUUCAGACGCAUCGUUGGUGUCGAUGUCUGUGCGGGAGCUCAAUCGGAAGCUACGGGGCUGCGAACGCGACGAGGCUCUGCGGCUGAAGCAGAGGCGCCGCACGCUGAAGAACCGCGGCUACGCACAGGCCUGUCGCUCCAAGCGGCUGCAGCAGCGGCGCGGGCUGGAGGCCGAGCGUGCCCGCCUGCAUGCCCAGCUGGACGCCCUGCGGGCCGACGUGGCCCGCCUGGUUCGGGAGCGCGACUUCUACAAAGCUCGCUGUGACCGACUGACUUCGAGCGACACGGGGUCCGGGGACCACGUCCACUUCUUCCUCUAA